CAUAAUUUAACGCACCACCCAAAAUCCUUUGCGGCAGAAAAACCAACAUGGCGGCUUUGUGCAAGGUUGUAUCGGGCUUUAGGAAUGGCACUCGUUUGUUUCCAGAGCGAGUAAUUUAUGUUCGCCAGUCACUACACAGCACCGAUAGUGGCGAGCCCCCGAGAGGAGAAUCAGCUACCCUUAAGAAAAAACGCGGCUUUGCUGCAGCAUAUGACCAACACACAGACCUUCAGCAGAAACAACAUCCGACUUCGGUCAGACUUCGCUCAACAAGAGACGUGAAGUCGUUUGCGUCGUUGCUACGACAUUCUCCACUUUUACAGAUGGGGCCAGCAAAAGACAAAAUUGUAAUAGGGAAGAUUUUUCACAUAAUCAAAGACGAUUUAUAUAUUGACUUCGGCGGAAAGUUUCAUUGUGUAUGUAAACGUCCAACCGUGGAUGGAGAGAGGUACCAGAGAGGGAUCAAGGUGCGUCUGCGCCUUGAGGACCUGGAGCUCACAUCUCGAUUCCUCGGGGCGAACACCGACACAACUCUACUGGAGGCUGAUGCUUUUCUUCUUGGACUGUUCGAUGUCAAGGACACAAAGACCUAGAAGAGGCCUAUGCUGAGGGCAUAUAUUCCUUUGCUGAUGUCACUGUUGUAGCCUACAAUAUCACACAUGAGAAUUUGUAGUUUUUAAAAGCGCUUGAACAAUAAAACAUCUACAUU